AUGUCCUCGUACCCAGAGUGUGGUGAGAGCGCACUCGAAACUCUGAAAUGCCCUGCCUGCACGUCUACCCAUUUUCCUUGCUGCAGGUCUAGGAAGGCAGGCCACCUUGCAGUCACAUGUUACUGCGAGUCACGGCAUACACCGCAUCCAGUACUUAGAUCAAGGUCACUGUGACUCCUUCCUGGUCACAGCAGUACGAGCCAGUGCGCCGACAGAUUAG